AUGAGUUACUUAAAAAACAGCAAGAAGUCCACUUAAGGCACUUAAAAGUAGCACGAUAAAGAAAAUAGCCAUUCUUAUCAUAUGCCUUAAAAAAGCUAAGUCAAAAACGUUAAGAGCAUAGAUAUUUCUUUAAGCGUUUUGGAAUCUAGCAAAGUUCAAAAUGGUUCUAAUGUUUAGCAGACACCAAAGGAUUUAAAUAGUAAAUUACAAAGUCUUGUGUUGAAAGGACAAGUUCUUGAUGACAAAAAAUAAAAUAAUUAACUUGAUCAAAGGCCCAUUGAAAAUAUUGAUAGCCCAAAAAACUCUACUCAGUUCAGCACUUCUAGAGAAAGUUUUUUCAACUCGCUUUACAACAAAGCAAAAGAGUUUUCAGAUCAUAAAGAACAGCUCAAAUUUUAAGAAGACCAAAAAGAAUUAAAAGAAUGUGUAUUUUCUCCAUAAAUAAAUAGAAAUAACUCUGAAAACAAGCGUACACUUGAAAAUUUCCUUGAAGAUUAAAAGAAAUUUGAGAUUAACAAAAAACAUAAAUAAACCCAAUUAAAAUAAUUAGUUUCCUAACAAGAAACAAAAGAACUCACUUUGAAGCCCAAGAUCAAUGAAACAAGAAGCCCUGUUGGAAGAGAUAAGUCAGUACCUAUACAUGAAAGACUUUAUAAUUUGAAGGAUUUAAAAAAUAAUUAAGCAUCAUUAAAUAAACUAAAUGAGAUUGUUGGAGGCAAUAAUGAUAAAAGAUACUAAAGCCCAAAAUAAGCGCAAGUAAAUAACACAAAUACUUCUAUUUUGCUAGAAGAAUCAGGUAUGUUUUCUCCUAGGAUUAACUCAAAGAGCAAAAGUUUGAAAAGAAAAGAUCAUAUUUCUGUUAUUUUAUAUAAUGAUGCAUAGAGAAGACAUCAGUAAAGCAGAAGAAACUCUUAAUAAGAAAGAAGCUUAAGCUCAUACAAUAAUAAAAAUAGCAGCAUAUCUAGCUGCAGCAUUUCUUUAAACGAACGUUCAGAGUAGGUUUAUACUUAUAGCUUCGUUAAACUAUUCUCAAAUGUGUGGAAUUAAGUUGUUCCAUAGACAGAAUCUUCCGACUAGACACCAGCUCAUCAGAAUUGCAAUACAUAAAGAGUUGAUUACUUGAGAAUGAACUAAAUCUUGGAACUUCUUCUAUUUAUCACCCCUUCUUCACAAAUUAAUAACCAAACUAAACUAACCAACCCAAAUCUUGCAAAAGAAAGAAGCCUUGUAUAUGAUAUUUGGUGCAAUCUAAAAGGAGAUAAGUUUAGAGGAGUUUCAAAAAGAAAUUUUGGAUUAUUUUUAUUGUAUUUACAAGGAAUUAAGAACCCAAAUGUUUUAGAAGAAUUUGCAUAAAUUUUCCCUAGCUCAUGCAAAAACAUUCAAAAUCUUAAAUAAUAAAGCUCUACAUUUAAUUUUGAAAGUGCUGCUGAAAUAUCUGAAAAAACAUCGCCAAAAAACUUUACUCCAAUAGGUUCAAAUAUUAGAAAGAUUUCUUAAAUUUCGAUUGUGAACUCUGAUGGAAAUUCUGUGAUUACAAAUAGGAUAACAAAUGUAGAAGAAGAGGCUGCUAACUAAACUUAAACCAAAUUCUUGAACUAAGAUUUAAAAUUCUAAGAGGCUAUGAAUAAAUUAUAAGAAAGGACUAAAAACGAGUAGUAAUUUGAAUAAAAAAAAGUAUAUGGAUACUUUGAAGGUGAAAACUGGUAUGUUGGCGAAGAUUAGUGCUCAAUUCAAAUUAAGUAUGAUUUACUAAUAAAGAAUAGACUAAACUAACAAUAAAUAGGUAAUUUGAGUCAAAGAACUAUAACUGAGCAAAAAAAGGCAAACUAACCAUAAAAGAAGAAAAACUCUACUUAUUUGAGCGGAAAGAUUAUUUCUAUUGAUCUUAAGAAACCCUUAACACCAAAUCAACAUGUAGAUCUUUUAGUAAAGCAAAGAAAUAUGUAAAUGAAGAGGCAUGAAGAUAUGAAAAAAGUACAAAGUGAAAAAGAGCUAGAAGAGUGCACAUUCUAGCCAAACAUAGAAAGAAAUAAAGACAAAUUAUGUAACACAACUAUUGGAAUGUAGUCAUCUCUAAAUCUCUAUAAGACGAUGUUUAAAACAUCAUCUUAAAAAAGAGAUAAAUCUACAUAUGAUAUAGAAUAUGAAAAGCAAUGCGAUGAAUGUACUUUUACUCCUGACAUAUCUUUAACAACUAAAACUUUCAAUAAACAAAGAAAAAUAACGGAUUAAUCAUCUAUAGUAAAUAGAAAAGACUUUGUAACAAGUGUAGAAAGAAUUAAAUAAGGUCGCCAAAUAUCUUAAAACACCUCCCUGAUGUUCUAAAGAGGCUAUCAUGAUCUUCCGAAUUUCUAAAUGAUUAGUUAUGUCUCAAACACUUCAGAUAAAUAAAAGCAAUCUUUUUUCUCAACCUAAGGUCCUUUCAGAACUUUUGAUUGA